ACUUAGUUCAUGAAGGACGCUGGAGGUCUGUGGUUGUAGGGCAGGGGGUGGAAACCUUCCAGUCAUUGUUUGGUUAGGCACUGCUGAGUAUCAUACUUUCAAAAGUGUAAAAGGAAGUAGGGAGAGGAGUUGAGGUGUACAGCGAGGUGCCACCAUGCUCUGACCAUGACUCUGUGACUGAAGAAACCUGGAUGUGAAAAAGCUCCACCCACCUGCUCUCACCUCCAUUCUCCACUUGUUAUUGCACUGAUUCAAAUGGCAAAGCAUGAAUCGAACUCACCCCCUCCUCCGUACUACUCUAUUGCUGUGCACACUCAGCCCCCUCUCAAGUCUUAUGAAGAAGUAGUGUAUGGCUCAGGCCCUGGCCUGACACUACCAAACCAGCCGCAUUACAUCCCCCAGUAUCCUCCCAUUGUGGUUGCUCCUCAAGUCACCGAGUUCAGGCCACCCCCCAAAACUAAAAAAAAUUGCUGCGGGAAUAAUGCACAGUGUUACAAGGCGUCAGUGUCAGCCAUACUGGUUCUUGCUCUCCUGGCAGUCGCCAUCUGGCUUGGAGUUCAUUAUGGCACCAGGUCAGCAACAACAGAGAUCCACUAUGACGACUCCAAAAAUGACGACAAUGACAAUCUGCCUUUGCCAGAGCAUGACACCUGCUCCAACAGCACUGUUGAAUGCGAUGGUAUUAGAGACUGCCAACUGGGAAGCGAUGAAACAAAUUGUGUAAGAUUUGGUGAGGGAAACAUUCUUCAGGUGAAGACAGCUCAAGAUGGCCGCUUCCUACCAGUGUGUUAUAAAGGCUGGAACGAGAACUACGCCAACCAGAUCUGCACUCAGCUUGGAUUCAGAGAAUCUUACACUAGCAAAGCAGUUAAGUCCCAGGACUCCAUUGGUUUAGAACUGACCAGCAGAACAUCGUCUCUCAUCCAGGCCAGGGUGAAUAUCAGUUCUUCGUGUACAAACCAGGAGACUGUCUCCCUGCAGUGUUUGGACUGUGGCAAACAGCAGUCAACCUCCCGGAUCAUUGGGGGCAGCGUUGCUAAGAUAGGCCAGUGGCCAUGGCAGUUGUCUUUGCACUACAAGGGAUCUCAUGUCUGCGGAGGAGUCAUGAUCGCUCCUGAUUUUGUGCUGAGUGCUGCCCACUGUUUCCCAAGCACGGCUCUCUCUCCUGACAACUGGAAGGUCUAUGGUGGAGCUGUGUCUCUGGAUCAACUACCUCAGCCUUACCUGGUAAAGAAGAUCAUACUCAACGAGAACUACAGCAGCAGGACAAAUGACCAAGAUAUUGCUCUACUCAAACUUACACAACCAGUUACUUUCAAUGAUAAAGUUCAACCAGCCUGCCUGCCGGCCCUUGCCAAGGAGUUUCCCCACGGAACUCACUGCUGGACCUCAGGUUUUGGUACUACUGAGGCAAGUUCAGGUGUUGUAUCCAAGGAUCUAAUGGAAGUGACAGUGGACAUCAUUGACACACGAGUGUGUAACAGCCGCUGGGUUUAUGGAGGUGCGGUGACCAGGAACAUGCUCUGCGCUGGGAAACUGGAGGGAGGAAAAGACUCUUGUCAGGGUGACAGUGGCGGUCCUCUGGUGUGUCAGGGAGAGAGCAGCUGGUAUGUGACGGGCAUCACAAGCUGGGGAGCUGGCUGUGGUAAAAAGAAUAAGCCGGGCGUUUACACCAAAGUCAGCAGUCUUCUCCCCUGGAUCUACAGCACUAUGCAGCAAGAGAGACCAUGAUGUCCCCUUGUUGUCUGCUGGUGUUCCUCCUUCCUCUACCCCAACCAAGUCUUCACUGUGAAGUGAGGGAUGAAAACUUAUGAAGAAUAAUUAAAUGAAGAAUUACUGCCAACAGAAAAUGGGAUUCAUGAAGGAUUGUGAGAAUUCCCUCAACUACAAAGGAUACACAACUUGAGCGCAGAUAUUUGUUUUAUUGAAGUAUAAAAACCUUGAUUGUUUAUACAAGCUAAUCAGUGCACUGACUUCAACCUUACAAUAUGAUUUUACUUGUUUUUCUCUGUGUCUCACAUGUAAGCUGUAAUCAUCGUGCUCAUGGGAAAUACUUUAAGAAUAAUGUUCUUUACAUUUUAUAAAUGAUUAAAUAGGUGUGUUUUUACUCAGGGACACAUCUUCUCUGGGUACUGUUAAAAAAAAGACACAACCACACACAUAUAUAAAUAUUAUAUAUAUAUAUAUAUAUAUAU